AGGCAACAUCCGCCUGAAACAAGACAGCCGGCGAAGGAAUAAAACAGACAAUUAUGGCUGCAAACAGCAGCUUUCAACUCUCUGGCGGUUAUAACGACAAGCCCCCGUCGUCAACUGGCAGUGGCGAUGCGGACUUAGCCAGUGAUCCCGCCAGUAGUGGCUUUUUCAGUAACGAUUUCAAGAGGCAUGAUGAUCUUAAGACUAUGUUGGAUGGAAACCGAGAUUCACACAAACUGGAGGCUAUGAAAAGAAUAAUUGGGAUGGUUGCCAAGGGGAAGGAUGCUUCAGAAUUAUUUCCUGCUGUUGUGAAAAAUGUUGUUUCCAAAAAUCUGGAGGUGAAGAAGUUGGUCUAUGUGUACCUGACACGGUAUGCUGAGGAGCAGCAGGAUGUGGCACUGUUGUCAAUCAGUACAUUUCAGCGUGCACUAAAGGAUCCAAAUCAGCUGAUUCGAGCAAGUGCCCUGCGUGUGUUGUCCAGUAUCAGGGUCCCCAUGAUAUCGCCCAUCAUGAUGCUGGCCAUCAAGGAGGCUGUAGUAGACAUGUCACCAUAUGUUCGCAAGACAGCCGCACAUGCCAUUCCUAAGCUGUACAGCCUUGAUCCAGAGAAUAAAGAACAACUAAUAGAGGUCAUUGAAAAACUGCUGGCUGAUAAAACUACUCUGGUGGUAGGGAGUGCUAUUCAGGCUUUUGAGGAAGUUUGUCCUGAGAGGAUUGACCUCAUCCACAAAAACUUUCGCAAGUUGUGCAAUCUAUUGGUGGACGUUGAGGAAUGGGGGCAGGUCGUUAUUGUCAACAUGCUUACUCGAUAUGUCAGGACACAGUUUGUCUCACCAAACCAAGGGGAUGCGGCGGAAGAGGACAAAGAAUUUUAUGAGGAUUCAGAAAAAGAGGAGGAGGAAGACAAGGAAGAAGAAGAUGGACCCAAGACUAAACCAUAUGUGAUGGACUCUGACCAUCGGUUACUGCUAAGACAAGCCAAACCCCUCCUUAACAGUCGCAAUGCUUCGGUUGUGAUGGCUGUUGCACAGUUGUAUCAUCACUGUGCCCCUAAGGCAGAAGUGGGAGCUGUUGCUAAGGCCCUUAUAAGGCUCCUUCGGAGUCACAAGGAAGUUCAGUACAUCGUCCUCAGUAACAUUGCUACAAUGACCAUCAACAGAAAGGGGAUGUUUGAGCCAUUCCUGAAGAGUUUUUAUAUCCGGUCAAGUGAUCCAACUCAUAUCAAACUACACAAGUUGGAGAUUUUGACUAAUUUAGCCACAGAGACCAAUAUCUCAACCAUACUACGAGAGCUUCAGACAUAUGUGACUAGUAAUGAUAAAGAUUUUGCUGCGGCUACCAUACAAGCUAUUGGACGUUGUGCCAGCAACAUCGCCGAGAUCACAGAUACAUGUCUCAACGGAUUGGUUCAUCUAAUGUCAAACAGAGACGAAAGUGUUGUGGCUGAAAGUGUUGUGGUUAUCAAGAAGCUGCUGCAGAUGCAGCCAACAGAACACAAGGACAUUAUCAUACACAUGGCCAAGAUGGUGGAUGCCAUCACCGUUCCCAUGGCAAGGGCGAGUAUUCUCUGGCUUAUAGGAGAGUAUAGCGAGCGUGUUCCGAAAAUCGCUCCAGACGUCCUCAGGAAGAUGGCCAAGUCUUUCAUUGAAGAGGAGGACAUUGUAAAGUUACAGAUAUUAAACCUGUCUGCCAAACUGUGUAUCACCAAUGCCAAGCAGACUAAGCUCCUGUGUCAGUAUGUCUUCAAUUUGGCUAAGUACGAUCAAAACUAUGACAUUCGAGACCGAUCCCGAUUUCUGCGGCAACUCAUUCUUCCAGGGGAGAAGGGUGGCGCCUUAGCCAAGUAUGCCAAAAAAAUAUUUCUGCAUACUAAGCCAGCACCGGUACUUGAGUCAAAGUUUAAAGACCGGGACCAGUUCCAGCUGGGAACUCUGUCACACAUCCUCAACACCAGGGCAACAGGCUACCAGGAGCUCCCCGAGUGGCCCGAGGUGGCCCCAGAUACCAGCGUAAGGAACAUAGAGGUACCCACUGUCUGGGAGACCAAGUUCACGUCGAAGAAGAAGAAACCUGAAAAGGAAAAGAAAUCCUUUUACUCUGAUACAGAGGAGUCAAGUUCAGAAGAUGAUGACAGUGAUGAGGAUGAUAGCUCUGACGAAGAUGACGAUGAUGAUGAGGAUGAGGAUAUUGAAGAGGACAGCUCUGAUGAGGAUGACGAUGACAGCUCUGAAGAAGAGGAGGAUAGUUCAGAUGAGGAGGUUGUCGCCCCUGUCAAAAAAGUAAGCAAGGUUCAGAAGAAGGCUCCGUCAGAGCACUCAGAUGAGGAAGAAAGUGAUGACUCAUCAGAAGAGGACAGUUCAGAGGAGGACAGUGAUGACAGUGACGAGAAACCACCCCCUAAAGCUAAAAAGAACCAAGUGAAAUCUGCUCCUGUUAAGAAAACUAAAAGAGAACCUGCCAAGCCAUCACAGGACUUAUUAUUAGAUCUUGAUGACUUUGGACCACCAGGGGGUGGGUUUGCUAGCUCCACAGGCACCCCGGCUGCUGACCUAUUGACCCCAAGUCUAGCCGGGAGCAUGUCUAACAUGUCUUUAGGCAGUACAAGCAUGUCUACCAGUAACAGCAUGAAUUUUAAUCCAGCAUCAAUUCCAGCCAAAGUUUAUGAACUUGUGAACAAGAUUGCGGGCAAAGGAUUAACGAUUACUUACAAGUUUACCAGAACUGUGUCCAUAUUUUCUCCCAAAAUGGUUUCCAUAGAAAUGAUGUUUGUGAAUAAUAGUGAUAAUACAAUUUCUGGGAUUCAUAUAGAUAAUAAGAAAUUACAACCUGGAAUGGAAAUACAUGACUUCCCAGAAAUUGCAUCUUUAGGACAAGGUGCAUCUACUUCAGUGUUACUGGCUAUCAAUUUUAACGACACUACCCAGCCAGCUAAGUUUAAUAUCUGUACCCAGGACACCAAGUUCCCAGUCACCAUUACAGCCCCAGUAGGGGAGCUGUUACAGCCCCACACCAUGAGUGAGGCAGAGUUUCUACAACAGCAAGGAAAGCUGGGUGGCAUGCAUGAAAAUUCGGGAAAUGUCAAGUUAGCACCGUCCAAGUCUGAUGCCAAGUCUAUUUGUACAUGUGUCCACACGGUAGCCAAUGUAUUACAAGUGCCCUCCACCAAUGAAAACCUGUUUAUCUUUGGCGCUACCACGAUGGCAACAGGGACUCUGACUCUUGUAUCUGUCCGUGUCAAGGAUGAAACAGCCAAACUGACCGUUAAUUGUGAGAAAAUGGUCAUCGGUACAAUGCUUCACAAAGAAAUCAAGAACCUUCUGAGCAAAAGUUAACCUUGCAUAUUUCACAUCAUCCAUUUUUUUUUCUCAAUUUUUUUUUUUUUUUUUUUGGAAAAACAUUGAAUGGCUGUUGCCUGAUAAACAGACUGUUUUCUCUUUAAGUUCCAUAUAGAUAUUUAGAAGUUUAAUUAGAAACUGCCUGAAGUAUUAAUUUCAAAUACCAUAACUACAUGUACAUGUACAUGUGUAUGUUGCUGAUGUUGAGUAAUAAAGUUGAACAAAUCCGAGGCAAAUGCAAUAGUGGGCAUGCUGGUACAAGUUGACAAAGGGGAUUAAACAUUUUUGUGGUAGGUUUGAUGGUUAAACGUGUUCAUAUUUUAUUAUGAUAAGUCUUGAUAUGUCUUUUAAGGUUACAUAUUAAUUAAUGUUUAUUCUGCUGUAAGCUCAAGGUCACAUAAUUCAUGAUCAUGGUAAUCUACUUUGUGUUUUAUCGGACAUUGAGAUUUUAUUUGCUGGCAUUCCUACUGACCUGAUCUAAUGAUAAGGUUACAUUAAAUUUAGAUGUAUUAUGUACCAGGCAUGGACUUUUUGCCAGAUAAAUAUGGUUGGAGAGUAGGUGUCCGUGUUGUGUAUGAGUAGUGACUCUGAAAACUGAUAGAUAUAUAUUUAAAACUGAUAGAUGAAUUUAAAACUGAUUGAUAUAUAAAAUUUUAUAUAUUUGUGUGUGUUCAUUUUAACACUAGUUUUACAAAAACUCAUCAUGAAGCCUCUGACUUUUUAAAUUUAUAAAUAAAAAAUUGCAAGGAAGUAUUCAUAUUAAAAAUCCUAGCUCAGAUCACAGAAAAAAAUAUUUUCCUAGAAAAAAAUGUGACCCAGAUAUUGAUGAACAAAGUAAUUUUGAAAAAAAUACCUCCAAAAGAUAUAUACUGAGUAUUUCAGAUUUUUGUCCUUGUACAAAGUGUACAGCAUAAAAUUAACUUAAUAUGUAACAAAAUUAUGUUAAUUAUGUUCGUGCAGUCAUAUCUACAAGAUAAUUGUUGCAUUUAUCUUUUUAAUAAGCUUAUUCAGUUAUGUUUACAUCCUCAUAAAUUUGGAAUUUCUGAUAUAAAUGGACAACAAUGGGAUAUUGUCAUAUGGGGGCAAAUGGAACCUUUGAAUAAAUUCUUGAACUUGUAAAUGAAAUUAUAAAAUACAGAACACUGUUAGAUAUGGUUGAGUUGGAACCUGACAGUGUUACUGGUGUUUGGCAUCACUGAAUCCUCGUCUGCCAUCUUAUAUCAGUACCCCGUAUAUAUAUAUACACAUCACGUGUACGUAUAUACUAUAAACGUGCUGCUUUAGAGAGCGGCCAUGAUUCCAUUGUACAACGGUCUAUCUACGUUAUAGAUUUUUUACUUCAUAUUCCGUUGUCGUGUUGAAAAUAACUGUUGACUCAAAGCCUGUAGAGUUCAGGUUACCAACAAGAAAUCAAUAUUGUUUUUCACUGAUACUGGAGUUAAUGUAUUGAAUCAAUGAAAAUAUUCUAAAAUAAAAAAUUCAUGAAACAGAAAAUGAAGUAAAUAUUUCAUAAACGCUUGUAGAAUGUUUUAGUUUUACCUAAUUAGGAUGUGAAACUUGAUACACAAUGAGGGGAAGAUGUGGUGUCUAAUAACAUAGCCAGAUAAAUAUCUACGUUUUGUGUUGUGUAAAAGAGCUUUUAACAUAAAACACACAAUCAAAAAUUAAGUGUACAGCGUUGCUUUCAUGAUAUCAAUACAAUAUAAAAGAACCACAGCUUUUUGUUCAUCAUUUUUAGAUAGCAACUUCUCUACAUGUUAUUAACCAUUGUCUGAAAGUUUAUUUCCACCAGAAUUUUGUUUCUUCUAUAAUUCUAAAUUGUGUUUAUAUAUCUUCAUUUCCUGAAUCAGAUGUGAAAAGGUAUUGGUCACCUUACCAACCCUGAGGGUUUUCUCUGGGUACUCUGGUUUACUCAAACAGUAAGAUCCCUUUCUUUAAUGCAGACCAAGUGUGAUUAACAUAAGUUGAUAUAAUUUGUUUCGCAACUGUUGUAAAAUACAUUUGUUUUUAAAAAAAGUUUACAUUAUCUACAUUUACCUGUGUUAACUUCAGUCUUGCACUUUUUAUUUACUUCAAACCAAUGGGAUGUCAUUGCCAAAGGUGUUCAGACUUGUUUACCAAAACACAAAUGUAAGGGUCAAGGUCAGGAUAUUUAACAGAGCCAUAUGUGUGACUAAGCCCUGUGUUAUUGUUUAUCAAAUUGGCAUUUUUUUCUUUAAACACUCCUUUUUGUACUAUAGUAUCAAGUUUGUUUUCAAAGAUAGACCUCUCGAACGACUCCAGGUGUUGCUUACAUAGAAAAGAUGUCUGCAUGAGUUUUGUAUGUCCACUGGGUUGGAACUGGUGUCGUUAGGAAGUAGUGUCACAGCUAGAUCUAGACUUUCACUGUAUCUGUCUACAUAUUGAUCCAAGCUUGUAAAUUCCUAGGACAGACUGAUGGGCGUAAAAAUACCAGUUUCUGGGGCUAAUUACUUUUUAUUGAUACAAAUUUACAAAUUAACUUCAUUUUGGUACCUUUUAAGCCUUUUAGAUUAUAUGCUUUAAGAAUAUAAAUUGUUUCAUUACAAUGAAAAACAUUAGAACUUAUCAAUGAUUUUAUAUACAUUGCAUUUAGCAUCCUUUGAUGCUAUUUUACAAUAUUCUCAUAUUUUGUUGAAAUUAACGUAUAAUAAAUACCAAAAUAGAUACAGAUGUGGGUGGUUAGAGCUUGAAAUUACAUAUUAUCCCUGACCUACACCAGUCAUGCCUCACUAGAAUCACAUUUCCUUUCCUGUAGAUACAUUGAUUCUGUGUUGCUCUCUAUAUAAAACAUUAAUAUCACUCCAAUAAAACUGCAUCCAGAUUGAAAUAAAAUGAAUUUUUUUUCAGGGCUUCAUUAAAAACUCCCCCUCUUUGAGAUACACAUGUAUCUAUCAGUAAUUGUCUUAACUACAUUUAACGAAGUCACUUUGAAAAUAUCUCAUAAUAAUCACUUUACAAUAAAAAGCAUCUGUUUUUAUUAAAGGUGAAGUGGGAUUUGGUAGCUUUAUAAAAAAAGACAGUCUGGAGAAUAUGCAACUGCAAAAUUAUCUUCUAAAAAUGUCCCGUUUAUAGCGAGUUGGCUCCUGCUCUUAUUAUCAACUGUCAUGAUAAUUUUGAUGAAAGAAAAACAUGAUGUACAAGAUGAAUAUAAUGUAUAGUUUGGUAAUAUUGGCUGUAUUUGUCAGUCAUUAGACCUAGGUAUACAUGUAUAAAACAAAAAAUUCAAACAAAUGCUGUAUUAGUAGUGUUCACCACAGAAUGUUUACAAUUAAGGCAUAUGGUUAUACAAAUUUACACAAACUUUUUUCGUCCUGAACAACUGGUAACUAUUAGCACCAUGAAUUUUAACUUUACUGUACUGUAUUUAAUUGAAUACAUAAAUACAGAUGGCUAUAGAUUUACAGUCUUUUAUUGAAGUAUUUGGUAUAUUGAUGAUCCUGUAUAUUUUGAGGUAUAUCAUUACUGUGGUCAAGUCUAUGGCAUUGUUAGUGCUUGGUUGGAAUGUUUAUUGCCAAACCUUAUGUUAUGAUUUUAAUAUUGUUAGUAUGUCUAUUUAUUAUGUAAUGUAAUUGGGACCAAGUCAUACAGACGUCCAAUUGUUGUCGAGUGCUUUUGUGAAGGAAUGAAGGACAUUUCAUAUUUUGCAACAUUUGAUGGAUAAAAAUGCACCACAUAGUUAAGGCUUAUUAUCUGAUUUAAAAAAAUAUAUAUAUAUUUAGAAGUGACUUUUGGUAAAAUGUAAAACCGUAAUUUUCUUUACCCAUCUUUUGAGUUAAAUUGAGUGAUUUACUACUUCACAGUGUUUACUAUAGGAGAGGAAGGAGAUUGAUCAGCUUUUCAUUUAGAAGAUUAUUCACACAGCCAUGUAUGUAUAGUCUGGGGUAUACAUUGGUGUACAAUUGUGCAAUAAAGAUCACAUAUACGCUGGUACCACUUAAUGGUGAGUCCGUCAUCUGUCAACUCUCUUAAAAUUGUUAUGUUAUGAUAUUUUCUCAGAAAUCUUUCUCACUUUUCACGUAUUCUCAAUGAUUCUUACUUGUGCAUGUUAUUACUUUAUGUUUUUUUUCUUCUUUCAAUGAGUCAAAAACUUUGUCAUGAUAGACGGACGUCUUUAAGAUGAGAGCUGAUUUGUUUUUGCUUUUUCAUAUAUAUUUCUCAGCAAGUACUUAGUAAUACUCUAAUAUUAUUAGUAACUUUCUUAACGUCCCAAGUCAAAGCAAGAUUGCGAGAAUGUGAAGUAUGUGAUGUGAGGAUGAGUUUAAAUUUGUGAUUGAUGAGAACAUUUUAUUGAGUCCUAAAAGUUUUUUUCAUCAAUAUUGAAUAAUUUAAAGGUAAAAAAAUAGAAAAAAGAAAACAAUGAACAAUCUAUCACAAACCUAUGAGGUUGAGGAUUCCUCUCAAUUCUGUCGUUACCUGUACACCAUGUUAGGUCUCACCUGAGACAAAGUCUCAAGUGACCUAUUACGAUCACCUUUAGCUGUCGUCAUCCGUCAUAUGUUUUAAACAAUUCAAAUUUUCGACAUCUUCUUAAUAACCAAGAGGCUCAGUGUCAUGAUGUUGGGCCAGUAGCAUGCUGAGAUGAAGGGCUACAAAGCUUGUUCAAAUCAAUGACCAAGUUUCAAGGUCAAAGGGGUAAAAUGUAUUAAAAUCUUUGAAAAGGUUCUUCUAAGUAACCAAGAGGCCGAGAGCCAUGGUAUUGGGUCAGUAAGAUCCUUGGCAGAAGGACUACAAAGUUUCUGCAACUUAAUGUCCUUGACAACCUUCAAAGUCACAAGGGUCAAAUGUGUCAUAAGUCUUUUCAAUGACUCCUCAAUAACCAAGAGGACCAGGGUCAUGAUACUUGGAUAGUGGCAUACUUUGAUAGCAGACUGAAAAGUUUUUCAAUUGAAUGGCUUUGAUGUGCCUUCAAGGUUAUUCUGGUCAAAUGGGUUCAAUUCUUAAUACAAAAACAUCAACGAUCACUUAAGAUUGCAAAACUCAGGUGACUGUUUAAAGGCCCAUGGGCCUCUUGUGUAACUUUGUUUUCUGUCAGUAAUCAUUGAGAAUGUCAUUAAUGUACAUUGCUUACCUGCUAUGAUACUAAGAAAUUAUUGUUGAUUAAAUAUAAAUGGAUUUAUUGAAA